AUGGCUAGGACAGAUUGGUUGGUCGAGAAGGUUAAUCAGAUGAACGUAGGUCAAUCCCUUAAUGUUAAUCAAAAAAAUCAUGAAUCUGGCUUAAUAGAGCUUGAACUCGACUAUUGGAGGUUUCAAGACUCUCUAGAUGAUGAUACUGGUCUACUCGAUGGGAUUGUGAAGGUUUAUUACGGAGAGAUGGGUAUGCUGAGAGUGACAUUUGCUUAUAAUAAGGAUUUGAUAAGGAGAAUAUGUGAAGUCCACAAUUGGUUUGGUAUAAAAUGUCCAUCAAUGAUACAAUUGGGUGUCAAAGAUGAAUAUAUACCUUGUUACUUGUUAAGUAAUAGCAGGACGGUGAUCUUUUACAAGACCAGCCCCUUGGAAUCUGUUGUGAACUUCAUUGAUUGCAAUAAGAACAAAUUCAAAUUCAAAUUCAAUACUGUCCAGGAGAAUGAAAUUGUUGAAGGCAAAAUGUAUACUUCAAAUCCAUCUGAGGUUUUGCUGUCUACACUUGAUAUGAUGGUUAAGCCAGAGUUAGAGAGGCCCAGUUGUGAUUACCGCCUGAAUAUAUAUACUCACUUCAUGGUUCUUACAAAAUCUCAAGUUGCAUUUUUGAUUGGACAUAAGGGUUCACGUAUUGAAGAAAUACGUGAAAGCACACAGACUACAAUCAAGAUUCUACCUAUCAGCAAAAAACUUACAAAAGAUGAAAUAUCCCAUCCAUCAAGAGUGAAGCAAACCAUCUCUAUCACAGGUGACCAGUAUUCAGUGGAAUUGGCCAUUGCUACGAUAGACUCCCAUUUAAGACUUCAUCUACUUUCACCCAACAUCCUACUAUAA